AUGUCUUCCUCUGUGUUGGCAGCAUUCCCUGGUCUGUGGUGGGACAUUACCAUUUACCAUUUGACAGAGUAUUUAAACUUCACUGCCAGAGAUAAACUUCAUCAAGUCAUCCCUUUUGAGAGUCCAGAUCAGAAAACUGAUUCACUGCUGAAGAGAAGCUGUGUGAGGAUGGCAAAGCUUACUGUGUGUGUCUCCAUAAUUAUGAUGCUGCUGGUGGCGCUGGGUGAAAGCAGUCCCAUGAGGCUUUGCUGCACACAGUACCAAGAAAAUCCAAUCCCAGUGAAAGUGCUGAAAUAUUACAGAAUCCAGGAGGUCACAGAAGACUGCAACAUUAAGGCAGUAAUUUUCAAAACAGUGAAAAACAGACUUCUCUGUGCCAGUCCUGACAGUAAGUGGGUGAAAAAGGCCAUGGAGUCUGUACCACAGUAA